AUGGAGAAUGGCUCCACCACUACCUAUCUGCACAGAUGGGUGCAGUGUGAUCCAUUAAGGUUGCCAUACAGAGGAAAUGUGUCUUGUACCGAUGGCAGCAACUUUCUCAGUGUGUGUACCUACAGCUGUGACGAAGGAUUUGGCAUAUCCAGUGGCACGAACAUAGUAAGAGUGUGCACGGCGGCAGCAGAGUGGACAGGCAUAGAGCCACGAUGCACAGACACGAUCAAACCAGAAAUCGUCGACUGCCCGGGGCCUCUCAUCAUCUAUUAUCUAGAUAUGAAUGAGCAGGAUGUGACUGUGGUUUGGGUAGAACCAACAGUAGUGGAUAAUGUAGACUAUAGUUUGACUGCAAGCCUUUCAGAGGGGCAUCCGCCAGGGUCAUCAUUCGCUGUGGGAACCCACAAGAUUGUCUACACGGCAACUGACACGUCAGGAAAUGUGGCAACUCCUUGUGAAUUCACAGUGUCUGUCCGAGAAAUCACCUGUCCUGUUGUGUAUAAGAAGCCGUAUCAAAUUGUGACGUGUCCGAGUGGGAACUCAUACGGUUCACGUUGUGAGUUCUCGUGUGAGGAUGGUUCCCGGCUCAUCGGUACGAACUUUACGUACUGUGGCAGGAGAGGCGACCCUCCAGUUGGCUAUUGGGACUGGGACCGGUUGGCAGGGCAGCCUUUAGGUGACGAUGACGUCCUAGGUCCACCUAGAUGCCAAGGCCAUCCCUGUCGAGAUCUGAGGGUCCCACAGAAUGGAGCCCUGGCCUGCGAUGCUUGGCUUAAAGGGAAAUUCUGCUCGAUUCUGUGCAAUGACCGAUACGAUAUUCCUCCAGGGUUGCGUAUAAGAAACUCUUUAUGGGUUUGUGGAGAUUCGGGAAACUGGGACUACCCUGAUCCACCACACUGCUCUGCAAGAAGACGUCCGAAUUCCAUCAGGCUCCCCUCUGAACUUCAGUACUUUGUUGGAGACUGUCUAAACCCUGAUGCACAGGAGCAAAUCAUGCAGAACUUUGUCCAGAUAUUUCAACAUUCGGGCUUUGGUUAUACUUGUGCCCAUCUAAGCUGCACAGUAGAUAAUGUUAACGUUAUCUGCGACGAAAACACUCGACGAAACAGUGACGAUAAACCAAGUAAUUCAUCUGAAACAUUUGUACUAACGAUUCAAUUUGACUUUGCCCUACCGAUUUCCGAUGACAUGUCUGUAUAUGACAGUCAAGAGGUGUUGUAUUCGUUAGCAGAAGAAACAAACAAGCAGGUCUCAUCUGGGAAUUUGACAUUGAGGAAUAUCACAGGAUCAGAGCUGGAGUCGAAUAAGGAGUCCUUCACACGGGAAACGACACUGCAGAAGUACAGACAGAAAGCAGUUUGCGUCUUGAAACCUGGCAUCAUGUUGGAAUCGGAUACAGCAACACGAAAGACGAUGACACCAAACAACACGAGCUCCUUUUCUGGCUUCAUCAGUAACGUGAACAUCUGGAAUUACACGAAGAACGAAAUGGACUUGCAGCAAAUGGCAAGAACAUGCGUCAACACCGAUGUAGGAAACGCGCUUGGCUGGUCCCAGUUUGGUACAGCACAGCAACUGGAUGUAUCAAUACAAAUUCCCAGUUUCUGCGAUGACACUGAUGAGUGUGCAUCGGCACCAUGUGGAGACAACCUUUGUGUAGAUCAACUCAGAAACUACAGCUGCAUCUGCAAGGAGGGCUUCACUGGGCGCGACUGCAAAAUCAACAUCGAUGACUGCCUGGACAACGUUUGUGAGAACAAUGCUACCUGUCUCGAUGGCGUGGGAAACUCCACUUGUCUGUGUCCAGAUGGGUUUGUUGGCGACUUCUGUGGAAUUAGUUCAGUUUGCAAAAAUCUAACUAAUCCAUUGAACGGUUUUGCAACCUGCAACUCUACUGAUAACGAGAUUAACUGCACCAUCUCCUGUCAGGACGGGUUCGAGUUUUAUGACCAGCCAGUUCUUCACUAUCACUGUGGACAGUCAACAGCCUUCAGAUGGAAUCAUGAGUCACCAAGGAAUCCCAUGGCAAGAUUUCCACCAUGUACAGAGUUCACACAAUCCGUGAAAACCCUUGUUGCCACCUUAAAAGAUUUGGAGAUCGCUGCGAUGCAGUUAGAAAACCAAACUCUCAACGAUGUUUUCACCGUAUACAUUAACAAUAACCCGUACACUGUAAACAACAAUGCCACAAAGACGUAUGGGGUUACUGAGUGCAACGUCGGCGAAACUGCAGUUAUGUUUUAUUGUGUGCCCUGUCCAGUGGGAACCAGCUUCAGCAACGGCAAGUGCAUGCAGUGCAACAAUGGCACCUACCAAAACGAGACUGGUCAGGUGUACUGCAAGCCCUGUCCCCCUGGCCUGACCACUGAAGGAUUUGGAGCAUUUGAAGAAGACGAUUGCAUUGUGGAAACAUUUACUGAAGAACCAGUCACCAACAUGUUUGAACCUGCGCCUGGUCAUCAGGAUACUGAAGCAGCAAGAAACAUGAAGCGUCUAUUCCGGAUGCCAAAGAAGCCAGGUUGGGUCAAAGUAGCCAAAGAGGAUCAUAACACUAUCUGUGAAACAGAAAUAUAG